GGUACGCAUUUCGAACAAAAGUAGGCCUAGGCUAUGCGUUUUGUAUGAGGAAAUAAAAUGCCUGUUUUUAUCGAAGAUACUGAUAUAGGAGAUUUAUUAAAACUCAAUAUUUGUCAGGUGAUUUCCGAAAAGUUUGCAAGGCUCAAGGAAGAAGCAAUCAAGUUUCGGUCACAGCCUGUACAGACGUGCCACUCAAAUGGAGUACUCUAUGUAAAUCAGAGAGAAUUUGCCUGCUCCCUCCCAGAUGAUGAUGCAAUCAGUGUUAUAGGGACAGAAGAUGCAACAACAUGUCAUAUACUUGUUCUCAGGAAUAAAGUUUUAAUAUUCUUCUAUUUUUUCACAGAUGAAUUUCACAAUCAACCCCUUCCAAUUUCUUUGAUGACUGCUUGCAUGUCAGAUUUUAAUGAUGUAGUGAAGAAUGGAAUACAUUGGCCUGUUAUUUAUGGCAUUGGUGUUGAUUUAAAAAAUGGAACAAUAUUUCCUGCAACUUUUUCAGACAAAGGACCAGAUAUGACCCUUAGGAGUACCAAAACAUUUGUUGGUGAUAAGGAUAUGAUGAAUAUUUAUGAUUACAAAUCAAGAGAAUUAAGGAUUAAAAGCUUUCAUUAUAACCCAUGGCCAAGGGCUUUCCUUUGGCUUCAACAAUCAGAUACAGUCAUCAAACAGAACCUCUCUACUUCACCUGAUGUUGAGCCACCCGAUUUUGUGAGCCAUGUGCGUGAAACCCUGAAAUAUGUGAUUUUACACCCUCAACCUGGGCCUGACGUAUUCCCAGGGGGUCAACCAAGACGCUAUAGAAAAGAUGGACAUGGAAUGUGGGUGAGGAUAGAAUAAUAACCGUUAGCGGUAUCCGGAUACCGCUAACGGUUAGCAAGUGCUAUCAGUUAACAAUUGAGCAUGUUUCUAUCAUCAACCAAUCACACGUACGCGUUUACAAUUUCCAGUUUCUUAUUGGCUAGUGAUUCGAUCAUCGUAUUCUUGGUAUCCGGAUCGGGAUUUUCUCGUAUGGACGCACGGCAGCUAACGAUUAGCAGAAUUCGGAUCCUGCUAACCGUUAGCUGCCGUGUGAGAACAUAGCCUGAAGUACAAAGAAGCCAAUAUAUUUCUACUCAUAACUUUGGCAAUAAUAAGUUGAUUCCUGUAAAUAACCAAUCAUUUAAAAGUUUAUAAUGUGGAGGAUAGGAUAGGAUAGGAUUUUAUUUUUUUUUUUUUUUUGUCACUGAUGCUGAUUUUUGGAUGAAUGGCACCAUCUACAGGAGUUUACCUUUCCAAUAAGGGAAGCAUUAUACUGUCAUGAAGUACGGCCUUUUAGGGGCAUAUGCGCAAUUUUGCCUUCCUAAGGAUCUUAUUCACUCUAUCACAUUUUAUGUGAUAAGUAUGUGAUCUGCCCUUAUAUUAUGAGUAUGAUAUGAUGGCAUCAUGCCCAAAAUGGAUGUGAUAUGACAUCAUCAUGCCCAUAUAUGGAUGUAAUAGGAUAUCAUCAUGUCCAUAAUGGGUGUGAUAGGACAUCAUGCCCAAAUAUGGAUGUAAUAGGAUAUCAUCAUGUCCAUAAUGGGUGUGAUAGGACAUCAUCAUGUCCAUAUAUGGAUGUGAUAAGACAUCAUCAU